AAUUAAUGAUUAGACUGUUAUAGCAUGGAAAAAAAUAUCAUGGAAAGAAAUUUUGAAUGAUGCUCCUACAAUGUUUGCACAAGAUAAAAGCUCUUGUUAUUUUGAAGAAGACAAGUAUUUUGUGCCCGAAAAAAAUACAUUCACACCUACUCCCAUUGACUUCACAGUGCAUGAAUAUGACAAAAGCUCGAAUUUUCAAGAAAUCAUAAAUUAUGUUAAAAAUAAACUGUAUAAAUUGGAGCCAACUUCAAAUGAUCUGAUAACCCUGGCGUAUGACGAAAGAUUUACUGAUAUACAGGAAAACAAACAUUUUGUUAAAAAAAAGAAUAAAUACGAGCCAACUCCAAAAGAUUUGACAACGUUAGCCUAUGAGAAAAGUGUUAAUAAUUUACAUGAAAUCCAUAAUUUUGUUCCAACUAAGAAUGAAUAUAGAGUUACACCCAAUGACUUACCAAUGCUUGAAUACGAAAAAAUAUUCAAUAUACAAGAGGAUACAACAAAUAUUAAAAAAAAGUAUAAAGCCAGCCCAACUUUCAACGAUGAUACAAUGUUUGCAAAUGAUGAAAAUUCAAAUUAUUUCAAACAAAACAAGAAUUGUGCUAAAAAGAAGAAAAAAGUCACGACAACUUUUAAGAAUCAGGCAACGUUUAAAUACGAUGAAGGCUUUAACAAUUUGAAAGAGAGCAAAACUUCUGAUCAAAAGCCGUAUAUAUUUAGACCAACUAGUGAUCUGACUAUGUCUCCAUACGAUAAAAACUUUGAGCAAAAGAAAUAUAAAUUCAAACCAAGUCAUAAUGAUCUAACAAUGUUUAAGAAUGGGAAAAAUUCUGAAGAAUCAAAAGUAUUCCAACCAGUUCGUCAUUUUAAUGAUUACAAAGACGUUAAUAUAAAAAGACCGGUGACAAAAGUAAAUACGCCUCCAAAACAGUAUUACAGUACUCCUAUACCAAUGAAAAAUGCAGACUUUAAUAAAUUUUUAAAAAAUCUGGAUAUAGAUGUAGAGUCUGUCACAGCGCCACUAUCCGACCCCUUGCCUAAACGCAUCGAUGCUUGGAAUCUUUUCAAAAAAAAUGUUACAGGAUUAAUAAGUAAACAACAAAAAAUAUUAGAAAAUUACGAACGCUUUAAAACGAAAGAGAAAAAUAAGAAAAUUCUGGAUCGACCGCUUGUUUAUGACUAUUUUCAUCCAAAUCCAGACAAAUUGAAUAAUAAUAACAGUAAAGUAAUGAUCAAAUCAAAUAAACCAACACCUUUGCAGACUCAAAAAAAUUCGGGUGGAGACAAAAAGAGUAAUAAAAAUUCUCAAAGAAGACUAAGUAGAAAAAAAAAUGCAAAAAUUAUUACGAACGACGAAAGACUUUUAAAGCUAAAAAAAAAUUCUAUGGUUUUUGCAACGUCUGAAUCUUUCGACUUAUUCCAGUUAAACGACCCAAAGAAACAACCAAUUAAGUCAAACAAAAUUGGAAAUAUUGAUGUGACACUCAAUAAUUAUAAUAGAAACUCAAGUUUAGGCAUGCAUAAUUUACUUUUAACGAAAAAUGUGGAUGACCCUAAUAAUCUGCAAUUGGUAACAAUGAAAUCAAAAACAUCAAAAACAUCAAAUAAGAAUGAUUUCUACUUCAGGAACAUGUAUAACUAUGGAGAUCAUCUUCCAUUUACUCAUAUCCCUGCUAAAAAUAUUACAACGAAAGCGGAGUAUAAUCAAUUAUAUAAAUUUAUAAACAAGAAAAAAAAGUUGUCCCAAACGAUACCAAGUAGAGUACAAAUAAGUGGUCAUAGUUAUAAGUAUGACAUAAUCUAUCAAACACCAAUGAAUUAUUGGAUGCAGGAUUUGGAUACAUAUGACAUGUACCCGACAUAUAAUUUUAAUAAAAGUACAUAUUCUGAAGGAUACAAGGAUUAUUACCCUGGGAUGACAACAAAUAUAAAGUAUGAAAACAUGAAUCGCCUAAGGUUUUACCGCAAAGAUAACUUUGAACAAUGCAUAAAUACCACUCACAUGGCAUCCAAAGCGGAAGAAAACUUCACUUCUUUGGACCCGCUGAGUACUAAUUAUACACUAACUCCGACUGGUAAAAUAUUGAAAAGUAAUUUUAGUAAAGCAACAAAAAACUUUAAAAAGUACUUUUACAUUGCCUUAAAAGAACCAAAAAAUAUAGAUGACGUGGUUUACUUUGAACCUCCUCUUCGAAGUCAAAUAAAAAAGAAAAAAGAACAGAAACCUACUUGCAAAAAUAAGGUUCAAAAGCGUGGUAUACAAUCUAAAGAUGCAUUCACCGCUAAAGGUGUAGCUGCUCUUGAAGUCGUUGUAGAUUUAGUAAAAAGUACAGAUACUUUAAAUAAUAAGGAAUUACGGAACGCUUUGCCUGAUAUGGAAGAAAAGAAAAAUGCUCCCUAUAUUUUAACUGCGCCUAAGACAGAAAAUCAUGCAACCAAUUCAAUUCAAGUUCACAUUGCAUUGCCAAAUGAUUUGAGCGAUAGAAAAAGGUCCUUGGAACCUAUAAAAGUAAGAAAAGUUUUUUCUGCUGUCAUGUCUACUCCUGUAGACUUGGAAUAUCAAAUUCAUACGUUUGAAGACGAUAAAGUAACUAAAAUGUCUCAAGAGGUUAUUUCACCAGGCUUAUAUUUAUUGGUUGAAAAUAUCAAUAUAACUUCACCUACUUCCAAUUUUGCUCUUAAACCUAUAAGAAAUAUAGGAAUUUCAAAUCUGAUUUCAUUUGAAAACAACACAUAUAAAAAUUAUAUUAAUACUUUGAUAAAUGGUAACGUAAGUAAUGCUACUAUAAAUCCUGAUAUUAUAACUACUGUUUAUAGCCAACUAGUAAAGCGGGAUGAAAAUAUGAAUAUCACGAACGAAACAAAACCUAAACGUUACAUAAAAGAUGUGAAUUACAAUAAAAUAAAAAGAGGCGUAAGUUGGGAUAAGUUGAAAAGGUACUUUGAUCAUGAAAGAGUUUGCAAUUGUCGUUGCAAAAUUAACAAAACCAUGUGCAAGCCAUGUGCCGCAAGUGAUGCGGUUAUUAGUGAAUUAAUAUUCGAAUUUGAUAACCUAGUUAACUACGUGACUGAUCAUUGUACUGAAAUUCAAACGUUUUUCUGGAUGAAUCCCACUGGAGGAAGAAAAUUAAAAGAUAGUGUUCAUAAACUGGAUACAACAUUAAAUAACUAUUAUAAAAGACUUAAUGACAAAUGUCGAGGUAAAACUUGUCAGAUGAUUUCUACUAGUAUUGACAAACGGGAGUGUCAUAAAAAUUAUCCCAAGGGUAAACUCCUUAAUCACUUACAAUCACUUGACGUUAAAUUAAAGAAUAUUGUUGAGAAUAACGUUUUUGAUGAAAAUGUUUUUAAGACAGGAAAAAUGUGCAUCUCUAGUAUUAAUAAGUGCAUUAAUACUAAGAUAAAAAGAAAUUUUAAUAAACGAUCGUUUAAGGCUAGUGCAGAAGACAUAAACAGAAAAAGUUUUUAUACGCUUAAUAAUGUAAAGGUUAACUUAAUUUGUGACAAGGAUCUUACAGCAUAUAAAAAAUUUGGACCUUCGAGUAAUAUAACCAAAGUUAUGACAUUUGAAGAUAAUGUUAAAACACCUUUGUAUUUUGAUGUAGACGAAAUAAAAAGAGAAAAGAAAAAAGGAAAAGUUGUAAAACAAUUAUUUAAAAAGUUGUCCCAUAAAUUAAAAAUAGGUCAAAAUAAAAGAGACCAAACGCUGAUAAAACAACUAAAAGAGAGAAAUAAAAGACAUUCUUCAAUCGAAAAUCGGGCCAAAACUCCGUUAUUGUCUCAUAAUAUUGCCAACUUUUGGAAUACAAAUUUUCAUAAUAAUGUGAGAGAAACAAGACGCCAAAGACAUUUAGCGAAACAUUCAAUAGGUAAUUUAAGUAUAGUAACAGUAACGGAAGAAAUAAAUACUGCAAACACUUUUAUUUUAAACAAAACAACAGAUGAAAAAAAUGAGGCAAAUGACAAGGAAGAGGUAGCCUUAGAAACGGAUACUUUGAAUCACAAUUUAAAUGAUCUUUUUAAAUUAUUGGGUGGUUUAAAAACCGUAGAAAUGAAUAAAGGAGAAUUUGAAUUAGAGUCAACGACCAAAAAUAAUAACACUUUUUCAUCGAAAAAAAAAGUUUAUAAUCAAACAUUGACUCCUUUAAGCAAUACCAAAAAAUUUGAGAAUACUAAAAAGCCCAACAAUAGCAGUACAAAUUCAAAAAUAAAAACCAAAACUGAUCAAACAAACAAACAGCUUUGUAUAAUAAAUGAAAAACGUAAAACUACAAGAAAUAUUUCAUCAAAAACUUCCAAACCUAAAACCCAACAUACUACAAUAGUUUUAACAGGAAAAACAAAAGUUGGGUUCCUUAAUAGGUUAGUAGGAGUUACCUUGAAGUUUUUAGGUAAGAAAGAAAACAAAGAAAAACCAACUUCAAAACCUAAUUACGUUGAAAAAAGACCUAUUUCGAAAAUUUUUCAUAAAUGUAAGAAAAAAUUUGCAACUAACGCAGAAACAAAGCCCUCUAAAGGUGAUGAUAUUAUACAUGAAAAUAAUAAUGUAACAACUUCAAGGAAUCCUACGAUUAUUAUAAUCGACGAUUUUGAUUUUACUGAAAAAUCUACUACAACAAUAAAAAGUAAUAACAACGCUAUGACUCGUAAAUUGUUAUUGAAUACUAAUAAAAAAACUAGUCUAAAGCUAUUGGAAGAAACAAAAUCUGCAGAUUUGAGUGAAAACAAAAGGAAUACUACAGAACUUGUCUCUUCGUUGAUGCCUUUAGUACACAUAGAAAACUCUAAUAACAAUAUUACUCAAAACAAUAUCAAAUAUCCUGAUCAUGAUAUAAUCCAUAGUAUUACAAAGGGCCUAAGUCUUACUGCUACUAAUUUAACCACCUUACGACCAGGAAAAUAUGCACUAAAUAAAAUAUUUUACAAGAUUUCAGGAAAAUCCACUCCAAGUGCAAAAAAGUCCGAGUUAAACGAAAAAGAUAAUAAUCAACGAAAUAUUUCCCUGGAUGUUUGGGCAAAUCGAACCAUGCUUAACAAGCCAAUUAAAUCAGAAAAUAAUAUCAAGACAACUCUUCGAACUACUCAUGAUACUGAAUCUGAAAACAGAGUGACAAAACUGAAUGUGACCAAAAUAAUUCCAACCAAAAAAAAAUUAGACACUUGUUACUUUGAAAGCAAAUCUUUGAAAGAGGCUGGUGAAGAUGGUUUUGAUCACAUUUGUGAUAUUUCUACUACUGUGGCUUUUGUGACUAAAUUACAAAAGAGUAUAUUAAACCAUAAUUUUGAAAACUAUGUUAAAAAUAUUCCAUGCCACAAGUAUAAGAGAGCACCAAAGUACUUUACAAUUAGAUCCUGUAUAAGAAAACCUUCGAAAAUGUUACAAAAACGCCUACACCAAUUAAAAUUUCUGGGAAAUAUGAGAGGAAACAGAUUUAGAAAAUGGGAUUGGAUAAGGGAUAAAAGAACGGUUAAUGAUGAAACCAGAGUUGAAGAUGAUACCGAGGAAGGAUGUAAGCACAAACCUUUGCGUUUAUUUUCCAAUUAUCUAUCUGGAACAAGGAAACAAAAAAAGAAUUCUGAUUUUAAUGGCAACUUUAUUCAACUUUUGGACGGUGAAAACGAUUAUUAUGAAAAUUUUAUAAGAGGAAAAGAUGGCAUUUAUGGAAAAAGUUUAAAGCGAAGAAAAAGAUUGGAUGCUGAUAUGUCUGAACUUAAUGAAGGAUUACAAAAUUUACCUCCUUUGCGCCCUUCUAUCGAUGAAAUUUACGCGAUGCUAGCUGAGUCUAUAACAUUCGAUUGUAAUACGUCGGAAUCGACUAAAAAUCGAUACAGUAACUAUAUUUGGACGACCGAUCGUGUCGGAUUACUUGAUUAUAAAAACGUAAUCGUUGACGGUUCAAAAGUGUACAUAAAGAAUGUUCAAACAAAUAACUCUGGCAACUAUUUAUGUAAUACAGACAAUGCUAUAAUUAGGAAUAUCAAGCUAACUGUUAUCGAGCUGCCUACUAUCGACAUAGUUUUCACACCCUUGUAUGAAAUUGAAUCCUGCUCGUAUGAGAAUCUGAAAAACCUUCAGAAACUCGGUAAACUUAUGUCACUGUUUACAUGUAAAAAGGAGUGUUCUGCACGGAUUGAUGAACCUAUUUGUUUAAAAGAUAGCAUGGAUGGUUCGAUAUUAAUUCGCCCGAUAGUCGUUAUGAGCGUCAAACGGCAAGCAAACAUUAACUGUAGUGCGAAAUGCGAAAGAGAUUUUCAUUGUUCUAAAGCAUUACUACUCGCUAAAAAUGCACCAGCAUUGGCUUCUGUAAAAGUGUUAAUUUAUGACAAUGAUACGAAAAGAAUCUUAUUUCCUUUAAGAGAGAAAAGGAGAUCUUUUGUAACUCAUACAUUAAGGCAGAAGGAUGCAAACGGACAUCGAGAGUACCACAGCCUCGCCGCAAACAUGGAUCCAAAUAGUGUUAAUGUGGUGUUGCUGUGCUCCGCUGGUUUCUACUUGGUAGUCGGACAGAAGAUAUGUGCUGUUUGUCCGCCCAACACGUUUUCUUUGGAAGGUGAAAACGUUUGCAGAAACUGUCCCAAGGGAUCGAGCUCUGAACCCGGCUCCCGAUCAUGUCGCCUUUCAUUGCACUCAAGGAAAUAUAGGUGUCCAUGGAAAUAUGAAUGCGGUGCAGCGGUUUGCAUGCUCUCAUGUGUGAUUGCUUGUUGUUACACUGUUUUACGUCUAUUGAGGCAACCAGUUUCCGCAAAAGAAAUAAAAACUAGCAGGAAAACUAGACAAGGUUUUUCGAACAUAAAUCACGAAAAAAAACAAAAAUGUCGCCCUUUAUCACCCUCCCGAGUGAUCCUCAGUAGAUUAUUGCAAGCAUCUUUUUCAUCAUCAAGGGCGACAGGUAAAAACAUAGGAUUCUCAAGAGACCCGAUUUGAACUGUGGAAAGAGAAAAACACACUUCCGCCUCUACCCCCUAUUGACUUUGAAUUGUAAAAUUCACGGAAAGAAUUCUUUUUAUGCGCGCAUUGUACGGCUACUUUACAAUGAUAACCGCAGCAUAUUAAUUGAGUUAUAUUGUCGAGUUUUAAGGGUUUUAAUUCUGUGGUACAUUUUCAUUAACGUUAUUAAGGAAGCCUAUUAUUAUUCAAAAAUGUGUUUCAUUCGUUCAUUUAAAAUAUUUAAUGGCAUUUUUGUGAAAUAUUUAUUCAUAAUUAAGAUUUUUGUCGGUAUAAAGAGUUUACUAAUAUUUUGAUAUUAAGAAGAAUUUAGCUCACUAAAUAAAUACGAUAAAUACUUUUAGAUAUAGACGUUACGUAAACUUAAGAGGGCAUUGAGUGUUAGAUAGUUGCUAAGUAUUAUUAGUAUAACUGUCUAAAGUAUAUUUGUGAAUAAAAAUUUAAAAACUGUAA